AUGCCUCAAGAUCAACCCCUGAGAGUUGGUGACGACAUUUCCCAAGAUGACAGCGACAACCUAGAUCCGGUAGCUACUUCCGUCAAAGAAGAAGAGGCAGCAGUAGAAGAAGACGCUGCUCCAGAGAGUGGACCUCCAGAUGAUGAAGAACCUCCAAAUAACACAGAAGAGAUCAGUGAAGAAGAUACUGGUCCAGAAGAGCCAGAGAAUCCAGAUGUGGUUGCGAGUGACGACCAAACAAUUGAGGAAGAUGUUCAAGAACCAGAGCCAAUAGUUGUUGUUGAAGAAUCUACCAAUGAGGAACCUACUUCAGACAAAGAACAAAUCAUUGUAACUGAAGAGCAAACGUCUCCAGAUGAUACAACUGAAAAUUCAGAAGAACCAGACGUGAUUGCUGUUGUGGAGGCCGAGGAGGAACAAGGUCACGCUGAUACAGAAGUUGUUCCAAUUGCUGAAGAAAUCAUAGAAGUAGAAGAAGCUGUUCCUGUGGAGGCUGAGGUACCAGUGGUUGUUGUUGGACAGGAGGAGGAGGAGGAGGAAACACAAGAAGAUGUCAUGGAAACAGCUGCUACAGUAGAAGGUGACGAUGAAGAUACAGUCACUGAAGACCAAAAUGAACCAGUGGUGGUUGCUGUUUCAGAGGGGUCAGAAGAAGAGCUUGCCCUCGAAGAAGUAGAAGAAGAUAUUGUUCCUAUUAUAGCUGAGGAAACACCUUCAGAAGAAUCAGAAGAAACACCAAUUGUUGCUGUAGUUGAGGAUACAGAAGAAGACUCUGUCAAUGAAGAUCCAGUUGAGCCAUUAAUCACAGCUGUAGAUGACACGGACAAGGAAACAGCAUCUGAAGAAACUGGAGAAACUGACAUUGUAAUUGUAGAGGAUGGUAGUGACGAUACUACCUCUGAAGACCAGGAGGGAGCAGUAGUGGUCACUGUUGUGGAAGACACAGACACGCAACCAGAACCUGAGGAAGAUACAGCUGUAAUUGCUAUCAUUGAAGAUACCAAAGAGGAGACAACUGAAGAUCAACCAGUUGUUAUUGCUGUUGUGAGUGAUGCAGAGGAGGAACCCGCCUCAGAAGAUACAGAAGGGGUUACUGCUAUUUCAGAAAGUACAGAAGUUGAAGAUACAAGUGAAGACCAGGCUGGAGCAGUGGUAGUAGCUGUUGAUGGAGGUACUGAGGAGGAACCAACUCAAGAGGAAUCUGAAGAAAUCCCUAUUGUUGCUAUUGUUGAAGAUAGUGAGGACGAAACCACUACGGAAGAAGACGAGCCAUUAGUAGUAGCUGUUGCAGAAAGUACUGACGAAGACACAUCCGAUGCAGACCCAGAGGAGGAACCUGUAAUUCUAGUCGCAGUGGAGGCUGAGGAUGCUAGCAUAGAGGAGGAACCUACUUCAGAAGAUACAAAUGCAGCGGAAGGCACAGAAGAGGAGCCAGCUGUGAUUGCUGCUGUUGAUAGCACUGAGGAGGAACCUACUUCUGAAGAUACAAGUGAAGCUAUUGUUGUCAUUGUAGAAGGUGAGGAUGGUGACACAACCACUCAAGAUGGAGAAUUGGUGGAAGAUACAGAAGAGGAACCGGUUGUGGUUGUUGCUGUUGACAGUACAGAGGAGGAACCUACUUCUGAAGAUACAAGUGAAGCCAUUAUUGUCACUGUAGAUGGUGACACAACCACCCAAGAUGGAGAAUCAGUGGGAGAUACAGAAGAGGAACUCGUUGUGAUUGCUGCUGUUGAUAGCACUGAGGAGGAACCUACUUCUGAAGAUACAAAUGAAGCUAUUAUUUCCAUUGUAGAAGGUGAGGACGAAGAGACUACCACUGAGGACCAAGAAGAAGCUGUCGUAGUUGCCAUUGUGGAAGACGCGGAGGCUGAACCCAAAGAAGAUGAUGGAGCACCCAUUGUUACUGUGGAUCAAGAUACUGAUAAAGAAGUAGACUCAGAAGAACCUGUUAUUGCCGUUGUAGAUGGUACAGAGGAAGAACUAACUACAGAAGACAAAGAAGAACCAGUAGUAGUAGUAUCUGUUGUGGAAGAUACUGAGGAGCAGCCAGAACCAGAAGACCAAACAGAUAUCGUCGCUAUUGUUAAAGUCACAGAGGAAGAACCGGACGUCGUGGAAACCGAAUACGCUAUAGUUCCAGUGGUUGAAAGUACAGAGGAAGAAACAACCCGUGAAGAUCAGGAGGUUGUGAUUGUUGCUGUGGAUGGUACAGAAGAAGUCACAGAAGGUGAAGAAGAAGCAGAAAUUGCCACUUCUGUAGAGGUUACUGAAGAGGACACACCCAUAGAAGCACAAGAACCUGAAGUGGUAGUUGUUGCUGAAGAAGAGGAAGCUGAACCUACUAUAGCUGCGAGUGAUCCGGUAGUUUUUAUUCCUGAAGAAGUUCACGGAGAUGACAAAUCUGCUCCAGAAGAAUCCAAACAACCCAGUCUAGAAGAGGUCCUUAUUUUUAAUGUGGUUGGCAUUGAAUCGUUAGCUCCUGGAGAGGCGAUUGUCCAGGAGGAACCAAUAGUUAUGAUCAACAGAGGGGCCGUGCUGGGAGCUGCAUUCUUCACUUUGGUUUGUUUUAUGGCCAUUGGAUUUGUUGGUAUAACUGUGUCCAAAAAACUGCGGUGAAAUAGAGAAGGAGGACUUUCUCUGCUGUAAAUAAUGCAAGCUCUAAGAGUUUUUUAUGGUAAUUUAUCAUGCCAUGUUGUUUUGGGACCUAAAAUUAUUUAGUGUUACAACUUUUGCACGUUUAUGAGUUUGGCUUGAAAACCAUUGUUUAAAGGGUUAUUAUUGCUUUGUUGUAGGUUGUAAAUCAAUAUGUGUAAAUAGGCAACAGUUUGUUUACAACUGUUGGCAUAAUGGGCCUCGUGUUCACAGAUUUUUAAUAUAGUUUGAAAUGCCAAAAAUCUAUUUCAGUUGUUCUCUGUGGAUUUGGAGACUGUAAAGUGGAGGCUGUGAAUGCACACACUCUAAAAAUAGAAAGGUUGACAGUAAGUUGUGGUGUUAUAUGUACCACAAAUGUAAAUAGUAGUCUUUUUAAAAAACACCUGAAUGAUUCUUUAAAAU